AGCGCCGAGAGGACGGUAAGGCGUGUGCGGGCCGGUGGCGCUUUCGGCUUCUCCCUGUCGGUCUGGUGCCCUUCGUGGUGAGCAAACAUGGAUUCACAGAAGGAUGUUCAGCCUCCAAAGCAGCAGCCAAUGAUUUACAUUUGUGGAGAAUGUCAUACGGAAAAUGAAAUAAAGGCAAGAGAUCCAAUCAGAUGCCGAGAAUGUGGGUACAGAAUAAUGUACAAGAAAAGAACAAAAAGAUUGGUGGUUUUUGAUGCCCGGUGAUUUGACCUGAAGAUAUAUUAAUUUUAUACUUCAGUAUUUCUGGCAACUUUGCUCUGUAAAUCCAUUGGUGUAUAAAUGCAUAAUUUUGUGGUUUAAGAUAUUGAAAUAUUAAACUUUACUGUAAUAUUA